AUGUUCGUGAGGGGGCUCCGCAGCGCCUGGCGGCCGUACGCACGCGCGUGCUGGACGUCGAGCGCGUUGGCAGGCGGCGGCAUCGCCGCGUACACAAUUUCUUCGAACGCAUGGAAUGAUGCGCGCGAAAUUCCGCCGCCGACCGAGCACCGCUUUCCGCUGUGCUCGGUGCAGGCCUGGGGCAGCAAUCGCAACAAGGUAGCAGCACCGCAGAAGAACAAGGCGACGGUAAAUGUCCCGCUGGAGAUGCCGGCGUUUGACGGCGUCGCGCUGCGCGAUCUCCAGCUCAGCGAGACGUACGGCGCGGCGGUCGACGCCCACGGCGACGUCGUCCAGUGGGGCCUCGGCUUCUCGGACGAGCUCGACCCCAAGACGAGCCUCACACCGCAGCGCACCCUCACCGGCAAGGAUAUCGUGCGUGUGCAGCUGUGUGGGCCCAAGAUUUAUGCCUUGUCGCGCAGCGGCGCCAUCUACGUCUUUGCGUCGCAGCGCAUCCACCAGCUCGUCCCGACCUCGUGGCUGAACAAGCUCCCAGGCGCCGCCGCAUCGAUCGACUACGUGAAGCUAAGCCCGAUGCAGGGUUCACGUAGCGCCUCAGCGUCGUUUGUCGCGAUCGCUGCGGGCGAGCACCACUUGCUCGCCCUGGCCAAGAACGGCUCGGUGUGGUCCGUGCCGGUCGACGAGCACGCGAAUGCGUACGGCCAGCUGGGCUACACGCGCACGACGAUCAACGCCGCGUCGGCCUCGGAUGCGCACAAAGUGCAGCCGAUCGACUGGCGCCUCGAGCCCAAGGUCGUGGCGCGCUCGCCGGCCGGAGGCGCCGCCGAGGUGCCGCUCGACGACCUUCCCGCCGGCUCGGUGUGGGUGCCGCCGAGCAGUAUCCGCUUUGCGACGCAGAUCCGCCCGGUUCCGUCGCUCGAUGGCGUGGUCUUUGCGCAGAUCGCUGCCGGCCUCGAGCAUUCGGUCGUGCGCACGCCCGAGGGCCGCGUGCUGGCGUGGGGCCGCAACGCCAACGGCGAGCUCGGCCUUGGGGCGGGCGUGCACAUCGAUACCGUCGCCGUGCCGAGCGAGGUUACCUGGCCGCGCUCCGUGGUGGGCAAGAAUGCGCAGUGCACGAAUGUCGCUGCCGGAAGCAACAACACCUUUUUUGUCGUGCAAAGCACCGGCGCACCGGAGGAGACGGUACCCGAAGCGGCGCGUGCGCUUGCUUCCGUGCAGCAGCGCAUCGAUGUGCUGGCGGUCGGUGCCGGGCAGCGCGGCACGCUUGGCAAUGCGCAGCGCAACCAGCUGAGCAAUGUCCCGGCGCGUGUGCGCACCGUGUCGGGCCUGCAGGAGUACUCCGAGGCGGCGCGGGCCAUGACGCCGAUCCCUGUGCGCUCGCUGUCUGUCGGCACCGACGGCCAGGUGGCGGUUGUGAUGGACGCGCCGCCUGUGGGUGACGAGACGCGCCGCGAUGUCUACGUGUGGGGCGCCAACGACCAGUACCAGCUGGGCCUCGGCAAGCGCUCGAACCUCGCGAUGCCUGCGCUCCUCACGCUUUCUCCCGAGGGCGACGAGGCGGCGCGCAAUGCACCCGUCCUCAACCGUGUGCUGCUGGUCGAGCGGCAAAAGGUCCCUGGCAAAGCGUACGAUCCCCACGGCAACGGGACGCAGCGGGCCUACCAUGUCGAGCAAGACAUUGUGGCGGGCGGCCAAGGCAUGGCAGUCUACGGUCGGAUUGUUCUCUAG